GGCCAAAUUGACAUUGAUCCAGACAGACUGGAGGCAGGCUGAUUAUUGGGAAGCAGUAGGAUAGACAAUGAUGAGGCGGUGAAGUACUGCUCUUUAAGUAUAAUUCCUGUCGAGUUUAUUAAUAUUUUACGACUUGUGCAAAAAUGACGACAACCACAACAUUUCAAGGGAUGGAGCCCGGUGCCAAAAGCAGUUCCAGGGUUUUGCGUCCUCCUGGUGGCGGCUCCAACAUUUCACUUGGUGCAGAUGAGGAGAAACCCCCUGUCCGGAAAAACAAGAUGGCCUCCAGUGUUUUUGCUGAGCCCGAGGACCCCUAUGCUAAUCGAAGGAACAACCCACCAGGUGGGAAGCCCACAGGUGUGCUUUGUGGUGAGCCGUCAGCCCCUUUGAGGAGAGGAGGGAACCACAACAUCAAUCACUCUGCAGACGCCUACACCAUAGAUGGAGAAAAUUCUGUACAUGAUAAUGACAACAGUGCUGCUGAGUCUGACGCAGCUCCAGAGCAACAAGAGGAUGCCCCUGCAGCAGAGGAGCCCACUGCAGGGCUACCGUCAGGCCGCAGGAAUCCCCCUGGUGGCAAGUCCAGCCUCAUCCUGGGCUGAAUUCAAGUCAAUUGCCCCUGUUUACCUCCAUGUGUCUGUCAGCUCAUCUUUCUUUCUUUCUUUUUUAUUAUUUUUUUUUUAUUUAAAAAGUUCCACCAACUUGUCUGUACCACAGGAAUCCUGAUGUCCAACAGACACCAUUCUUUAUAUUCCCAAGUGCAUUGUUUUGAUACCUCUCUUCUGGAAACUGUUUUGUACUGUUUUUAUGUUUUUUAUUUUGACAGAAGCACUUUAUGUAUUUAUAUGUAUAUGGUUCAAAGUCUGCCUUUGUCCCCAUAAUGCAUUGGAUCUGCCAGAAAGGGUACAAGGAUCACAUUUGUCAUAUCAAUCAAUGAUAAGUCUCCCCUAACUUUAUUGCAACAGCACAAGCUGUAGGUUAUUAUACAAGCAGUUUCUCAAACACAAGCAAAAAAGAAAGGUGUCACUUUUACACUGUGUUCGGUUUUGACUCAUCCUGCAUGCACAUCUGGCCUGUAAUGUAUGAAUGUGAGACGAACCAUAACCAUGAGCCUGUUAGUUUGUUUUUGUGUAUUUAUGUGUGUGGAACAAUUGUUGUAUUGUUGUUGCAUGAAGUUGGAAUCCUACUGAUUAUAGUAUUAUUAUCUACAUAGGAGCCAAAUAAGAGCCACAAAUUACUGUCCUCAUCAUCUGAUGGAUGCAGACAGUUGUCGUCAGAUGAGUGCUGUAGGUCCCAUUUCGGGUAACUGAAUUAAAGUAAGCCUUUUUAAAUUGUAGUCACUCACCAGAGAUUAUAGUAACCCAACCCAGUGCCAGUUUUGAGUGCCCUGUGUUUUUAUAGGCAGCAUUUACUCUAAAAUAAAGUGUUCCUGUUCGUCUGUUAGGCUGCAACAUCAAACAAGGUUGGGUUUCCACUGAUCAUGUCCCACCAGUAUCACCAAGAAGUACAUUUUUUCUUUCCCAUUGCCAGUCAGUGGAGUGUUGUUGGUCCUGACACUGAAGUUUUUCUGGUAAAGUCGUCUUAGGUUUGACAAGUGACCUUAUGACAGCUCAGCCUUUUUCUGCGUUUUACCUCCGUAUACAGUUAAUUAUCCUGCUCACUGGAAAUGCAGAACACAUGACAUUCAGAUCAAAAUUCAAGCUCUUUCCUGCUUCUGUCCCGUAGAGUCACGAGUGUGUGUGACAACUGUGUCAGCUACCUGGCAUGCAAGACACACCUAUAUUUGUGGUACAUGAUGGUGGUUGUUUUUCACAUUUGUUAUGAUGCAAGUCAUAUCUUAACCAAUUCCUCUUGCUGGAUGUACAUCAUUGCAGAAAUUUGAAUUAAAGAAAUGGCACAAAUGGAAAUGAACAUUAAAAAUUAAUUUUGACCAUG